AAUUGCAAAGGGUUCGGAGCUCUGUGGUUGAAAAAGUGAAUUUGCCAGGGAAAAAAAAAUUGCCAGGAAGAGUCAAAACCAGGAGGUGCCUGGGAAGAUGGACAGUUCUUCGUGAGCCUUUUGAGCUGUGUGGCAGCCCAGCACGACAGCUUUCGGGAACCGGGGAAGUAGAAAAGUGGAGAAGGAUGACAGGAUGACUCUGAGUAGCCGAGAGGAAAAUUUUGAGUGGGGCAAAGUUGCUGGAAAGGGAUCAACUGACAUUCGGAGUGCCAGAUCCCCACAAUCUGCUGUUUCUUAGCAGGAGACGCUGGCCCUUCCCGUCCGAGGGUUCCCUCUCCCUCUCCCUCUGCGCUGUCCAGGGGGAUCCCAGCAUGGCAGCCCACAAGGUGGCAGGACCCGAGUCGGAAGACCUGGAGCAACGGAUCCAUCACAUCAACAAUGAGUCUUUGGAAAGUACCAGGCGAAUGCUGCAGCUGGUGGAUGAGAGCAAAGAUGCCGGGAUUCGAACUCUGGUUAUGCUGGACGACCAAGGGGAGCAGCUGGACCGCAUUGAGGAUGGCUUAGACCAGAUUAUCCAAGACAUGAAGGAAGCCGAGAAGAACCUCAGCGAUAUGGCCAAAUGUUGCGGCCUUUUCGUCUGCCCCUGUGCCAAGUUAAAGAACAUGAAGGCCAUGGAGGCCAGUAAGGCGGCUUCUGGCAACUCCCAGGAUGUGGUGUCACAGCAGCCCAUCAUGAUGACUGCCGGGACGCAGAUGAUGAUGAGUGGGCCCUUCAUCCAGAGGAUAAUGAAGGACGACGUGGAGGAAGAGUUGGAGCAGAAUUUGACCCAGGUGGACAGUAUGCUGAGUAACCUGCGCAGCAUGGCGGUGGACAUGAGCAACGAAAUUGAUGUCCAGAGCAAGCAGGUGGAGAAUAUCAAAGAGAAGGCCAUUGCCAAUGUGAUCAGCAUCAACGAGGCCAACAACCAGACCACCAAGAUGCUGAAGAAAGCCUGAGGCCACUUUGGCCCCUCGUGUUGUCCCCCCUGCUCCCCCCCCCCCACUUCACCAAAUGCAACCACAGUUACCAACUUCCGUCCUCAGCUCCGGAGUGGAUGCCAAGCGAUUUAAACCAAGUUUCCUGCGUGAAUCUUAUCCAUUUUCUGAACCAACAUGCAUGCUUCCUGGUUGCUAAAGUGAUGCCCACGCAAAUGGCAAGGGAGGGGGCCUCACUCGAGCUUUGGCCCCAGGGUGUGUGUGUGUGUGUAUAUAUGUUUCCCUUGGCACAAGAACCCGCUGGGCUGUCUCGGUGCCACCCAGACCACCUCCUCUUUAAUGGCUAAGACGGCCGAUGAGCAGCCUCCACUCUUGAAGAGGAAAGAAACUUCUCUGAGAAACUGACUAGGCCGCUUCCCGGAUUCCCCACGGGGAAAAAGCUAGGAACGGCUAUUUUUCAGCCCAAUGGCAAAAAUAAACAUCCCCUCAAUUUGGCUUAGUGGGGCCACGAAUGUUUCUGUAGCUGAAGGCUACAGAGCUUGGGGAAGCCAAGAGCCCUGGUGGGACACUUGAGGUCAUCCAAACAGGGAUGGGGAGGUGAAUGCCGAAAGCGACAGGGGUGAUCUCUUCUGGGGUAUCAACCCGAUGAUGUGGCUAGAAGUGGGUCCAUUAAAAAAAACAUCAGUUUUAAUUUAUAUUUAGGCUCCAUCCAGCCUUCCUCCAGGGUCUGUCCUGAGGCAAGGGAGGAGAACCAAGUUGCCCGCUUGGCCAGGCACGAGACUGGGCAAGGCUGGCAUGGCCCAAGGGAGAGAAGAACCCAGGCCAGCGAGUGCAAGAAGGCAGCCCCCCUCCCCGUGUCCAGCCUGUGCACCACCCCUGAAAAUGUGGCUUGGCUUACAUGUCACUGUGGAUUUCAACACUGUGCCUGUUUUUCUUUCCGUAUUUUUUUAAAAUCUGUUUCUGACUUACGACGUGCGUGAUGGGUUUUAAAGUCCAGGCAAAUCAU